UCUUUGUUUGACUUCCUGAACUCGUGCAGUCACGGUGAAUUCCAGCAAACAUGGGUGCUUGUUUGGCUCUGGGAUCUCUCGCCAGCUGCGCGUCCUGUUUGUGCGGCUCGGCCUCCUGCCUUCUCUCAUCAUGUUGCCCUUCAACAUACAACUCCACCAUAAGCCGCCUGGCCUUCUCCUUCCUGCUGCUGCUUGGGACUCUGGUGUCUGUUAUUAUGAUUCUCCCCGGCAUGGAAGAACAUCUCAAAAAGAUUCCAGGAUUCUGUGUCGGCGGGAUGGCUCUACCUGGCAUCGAGAACAAAGUGAACUGUGACGUCAUUGUGGGCUACAAGUCUGUGUACCGCAUGUGUUUCGCCAUGGCCUGCUUCUUCUUCCUCUUCUCCAUCAUCAUGAUCCGAGUGCGCAGCAGCAAGGACCCUCGAGCUGCCGUCCAGAACGGGUUCUGGUUCUUUAAAUUCCUGUUGCUGGUUGGCAUAACAGUGGGAGCUUUCUUCAUUCCAGAUGGCACCUUCACUACAGUGUGGUAUUACUUCGGCGUGGUGGGCUCCUUCUUCUUCAUCAUCAUCCAGCUCAUCCUGCUCGUGGACUUCGCUCAUUCCUGGAAUCAGUCUUGGCUGGAGAGGGCCGAGAACGGAAACCGCAAGUGCUGGUUAGCAGCUCUGCUGUCUUUCACCCUCGUCUUCUACGCUCUGGCUUUCACCGCUGUCGUGCUCUUCUACGUGUUUUACACCAAACCUGACGACUGCACCGAGCACAAGGUCGUCAUCAGCCUCAACCUCAUAUUCUGUAUCGUCGUGUCCGUCGUGUCCAUUCUCCCCACAGUUCAGGAGGCUCAGCCCAGCUCAGGUCUGCUGCAGGCCUCCCUCAUCUCCCUCUACACCAUGUAUGUGACCUGGUCAGGCAUGACCAACAACCCCAACCGACAGUGUAACCCCAGCCUGUUGAGCCUGGUGCAGCCCAACAGUCCAACUCCACCACCUGGACCAGUGGUCCCCCAUCCGGACAUCCAGUGGUGGGAUGCACAAAGCAUUGUGGGAUUGGUCCUCUUCCUGUGCUGUACUCUGUAUGCCAGUAUCCGCUCCUCCAACAACACCCAGGUGAACAAGCUGAUGCAGACCGAGGAGGGCCAAGGUCUGACCUCCGACUACGAGGCCCCCACCGGGGAGGACGGAGCCCGGCGGGCUGUGGACAACGAAGAGGACGGAGUCACGUACAGCUACUCUUUCUUCCACUUCAGCCUCUUUCUGGCUUCUCUGUACAUCAUGAUGACACUCACGAACUGGUACCAGCCCGAGGCCGACUACCAGGCCAUGCAGACCGCCAUGCCGGCCGUCUGGGUGAAGAUCUGCUCCAGCUGGCUAGGCCUGGCCAUCUACCUGUGGACGCUGGUGGCUCCGCUCGUCCUUCCCAACAGAGAUUUCAGCUAAAAACAUUGUUUCGAUAGCCUCGUGCUUUUAUCGCCUGGAAGGAGAAAUAGCUUUAGCCUCAAAAUGCUCUGAUUGAAUAGAGGAAGAGCUCAGAAUUCCACAUUUACACGUUGAAAGCCAAACUGGUGUCUUGCUUUGUUUCUGACUUUAAGCCUUUGAAUGUUGAGCUUUAAUUAAUCACAGGUUGAUUUAGUGUCUUUCACUGUUACAAAUAUUAGAAGUGAGAGCACUUCAUGCCAUUAUAGGACCAAGCCAAUGCCGUCUUUAAUACAUGUUCAUACUAAGUGCUGCCUGCAUUAAGAUGGACUUUUUCUACCUUUUUUUUUUAUGUACAAAUUUGAUAACAAUAUCAUUUUAUUCUAUUUUGCUCCAACCUUUGUUCUUUUUACAGUAAAAUAAAGUGCACACUUUGUCUUUGGUCAGA